AUCAUGCAUAUCCACUUUGACUUCAUGGGGCAAUGGGCUGCCCAUUGGAAUAUAAAUACACACCUGGACUCGGAGAACGAGACUCAUAUUUGCAUCCCAUUCCUCAGACUUACUUGCCUGCAUCAACAUCGCAUUUAAUCUCUUCAUUCCAGACACAUUCACACAAUGGGCCUCACACAAGAGCAGAUUGCUAUCAUCAAGGCCACUGUGCCUGUCUUGCAGAUUCACGGCAAGACCAUCACGACGGUCUUCUACAAGAACAUGCUGACUGCGCACCCUGAGCUCAACAACGUUUUCAACACUGCCAACCAGGUCAAUGGCCACCAGCCUGCCGCUCUCGCCGGCGCUCUCUUCGCCUAUGCCUCCAACAUCGACAACCUGGGUGCCCUGAGCCCCGCUGUCGAGCUGAUCUGCCACAAGCACGCCUCCCUCUAUAUCCGACCCGAACACUACAAGAUCGUCGGCAAGUACCUCCUCGAAGCCAUGGGCGAAGUCCUCGGAGACGCCCUGACCCCCGAGAUCCUCGACGCCUGGGGUGCCGCCUACUGGCAAUUGGCCGAUAUUAUGAUCAACCGCGAAGCGGACUUAUACAAAGAGGCGGAUGGAUGGACCGAUUUCCGCGACUUCCGUAUCGCCAAGAAGGUGCCCGAGUCCUCUGAGAUCACUUCGUUCUACCUCGAACCGGUCGAUGGCAAGCCUCUGCCUUCGUUCCGUCCCGGACAGUAUAUCUCCGUGGAGAUCUUCGUGCCUGAGCUCGAAUAUGCCCAAAGCCGCCAGUACUCGCUCAGUGACAAGCCCGUGCCCGAAUAUUACCGCAUCAGUGUCAAGAAGGAGCCUGGUCUCGCCCCGACCGAUCCCUCCGCCAAGCGCCACCCCGGUUAUGUCUCCAACAUUCUGCACGAUUUCAAGAAGGAAGGCGACGUUGUCCGUGUCUCCCACCCCUUCGGUGACUUCUUCCUCUCCGACGAGGAGAAGCAGAGCAGCAGCCCCAUCGUCCUCCUGGCUGCCGGUGUCGGUCUGACCCCGCUCACCUCGAUCCUCAACACCCUCCUCGACGGCCCCGAGGCCCAGACCCAGCGCAAGAUCACCUACGUGCACGGCGCCCGCACCUCUGCUGCCCGCGCCUUCCGUCCCCAGAUCAAGGAGCUGGCUUCCAAGGUUCCUAACCUCCACGCUAUCUUCUUCACCAGCCACCCUGGCGCCGAGGAGAAGCAGGGAGACGAUUACGAUGUCGCCGGACGCUUGGACGUCGGCAAGCUGGACAACCAGAAGGAUCUGUAUCUGGAUGAUGCCACCACCCAGUACUACAUCUGCGGUCCCACUUCUUUCAUGCUGGACGUGAAGCAGAAGCUGACCGCCGAGGGCGUCGCUGCUGAUCGCAUCAAGAUGGAGCUGUUCGGUACCGGUGGCAUCCCCGCUUAGAGGACGGUUUUUCUUUUCUGCAUUUAGAUCAUAUCUCUCCGAUAUUUACGGACUACGAUCGCAUUUGCUCUUAGUUCUUAGAUAGCAUUAUUAGCCUAGAUACUCC